AAGCUACACAAUGGCGAGUCUGGAAUACCAUUGAUGUGACAUAUUUUCUUCAAUCUUUGAUCGAAAAGUAAAUUUUUCUUCCAAAAAUCGGUCGAAAAGUGAUCUCCGUAAAUCUGUUUUUCGCUAGAAGUCGAGUAAAGGUAAAGAUGGAUACCUAAAGGUUGAAUUUCUACGCAAAAAAGCAAAGUGAAAAAGUGUACGGUGUUCAAUUCAAGGGAUGGUGAAAAUAUUUUUUCACGGCUCGGUUUGAUCGCGGGCGAAAUGACCUUAUAAGAAAAUCGGAAUUUACGGUAUUCUACUGGAGGUGGACAGCAGUGAAUUUUCGGUAGCGUUUCCUCCCGUUCUCGGGGGAGGGGAUUGUACUGCCAGUGCAAGUGACUUACGGCCUCGAGCCGAAUCUCCGCGAUCAGAAGUGUUCUUUCGUAAAGAAAAGUUGGUGUGCAAAAUAGUAUGAUGUUCGAGCAUAGAAUACUAACUUCACAAAAUGGUAGCAGCGGAUAUUGAUGUCGUCGUCAAAUUCUUCUGCAUGAAAAUACUUGUUUCUGCCAAAGACGAUUAAGCACUGGAGUAAGUGCUUGCCAUAUACAUACUAAUAAGAAUACUACAUCUGGAAAGGAUAUUUUUCUCGACAACGCACCAUUGAAGGACGUGUUGAAUCUGUGAUAGUUUGGCCCAGCAGCACACACUCAACGUUCAUCGACCGAGGAUUCAAAAUUCCGUCCGCUGUGAAAGUCAAGAGCCCCAGUGCUUCAUUCCCCUGAAUUUUUCAUCUCGGCGCUAACGAAUGCUGCAAAAAUUCGACUAAGUUCAUCAAAGAUGAUUAUGAAGUGUAGUUCUAGGAGUCCUACCAUCACAGUGUUCCGAUUACGAUCGGAUCGAAUGAUGUACGGCGACAACAUUCCGAUGCUGUUCAUCCGUGAAUGGAAUGGGAAAAGAUCGAUUGUAACGCAUGCCACAACCGUUUGGAACUGUGCCACUACUGCAUCGCAGCAAGGCACGAUUGCCGCAUACGGGAACAAGUCUGACUACAUCUAUUUGACACAAUCAACCGACAGUAACUGCGAAAGUAGACAAAUGUUGGUCAUAAGAUUUCCAUUGGAUGACCUCGGAGCCACCCAGGCACUUGUUAGCCAUAUUACCGAGCUGAUGCGAACUACUAAUACUGUGACUAUGAAAUGUGAUUUUAAUGCUUACCUGAAUAAUGUUAGUAUUAGUCGUAAUCUAGCCCUAGAUGAAAGUACUAAUUUAAGCCGACAUCCGGUGCGAGCGAUCAGCGCGUUCCAAUCUGUCGAAGCGCCAUCGUGCCGUCAGGGCGGCUCGUAUACGAAAUUUGACGACUUGUUGGCGUUGGUUGCCAACGAAAAGGCACUGCUGAAGCGCGCCAUACAAGAAUCUCGCGGACGGCCGCUACCACGCCUGCGACUAUGCGGUGGUGGAGAAGACUCGAUAAACAAUGGUACCAGUGCAUGGGGUACUCCUCCUUCUGCCACGAACGGCACCAGUGCUUGGGGGUUAGCAAAUCAACAACCGCCACAAGCUUGGGCGGGUACAACCGGUAAUAACAGUGCAAACAACAAUCAACAAACAACAAGCCAAUCGCAACGGCAGCCAUCACAAUUACAGGACCAGAAUGCCAACAAAGCCCCACAGCAAAAUCCCAAUGGCAACAAUGGCAGCACACCGAAUGCUUGGAAUCGCAACUCCACCCAACCGACGGGUCCCAACCCGAACAUUGCCAACAAUAAUGGGCAACCAUCACAGCAGCAGCAGCAACAGCUACAACAACAGCAGCAGCAGCAGUUGGUUUUAGCAAAUAAUGGACCGAUUGCGGCUAAAAGUCAACUAGAACAGCUCAGCAACAUGCGCGAAGCCCUGUUCAGCCAGGAUGGUUGGGGCUACCAGCACGUAAAUCAAGAUACCAACUGGGAAGUACCCGGUUCUCCGGAACCGGGAAAAGUAGACACUAAUAAUGCGGCCAGUGGUGGAGCGCCUAAUCCUGCUGCAUCCGGGUGGAAGCCAUGCAAUUCGAACAAUGGCACCGAACUAUGGGAAGCUAAUCUACGUAACGGAGGAGCACCGCAACCACCACAGACUGUGCAAAAGGCACCUUGGGGUCCAGCGACCAAUAUCGGUGGUACUUGGGGUGAAGAUGAUGAUUCGGGCGAAGCAAGUGUGUGGAAUGGUGCCUCCGGAGCAAAUCAACCGACGGCGGCACCACAAGCUUGGGGUCAAAAUAGUCCCGCUGUGUGGCCACCAGGAGCUCCGGCAGGUCCAAAUCCUGUUACUGUUAAGAAAGAAAAUGAAUGGUCUGGCGUGAUUGGUGCUAAUACUGGUACCGCAGCUCCAGUUCUACCUGCUGUUACAGGUUGGGAUAACCGUGGUGGAUCCGCUCCCCCUGUAAACAUCACAGGCUCUGUUGGACAAACAACACCGCUCGAAGCAGCACGAGAAAUUCGCGGUGAUCCUCGUGGCAUAUCAGGGCGCCUCAAUGGCAAUGGAGGUAUGUGGGAUCAACCUAAUGUUCAAAAUCUACCAGCAGCUGCAAAAAUCAUCCAAGGUACUCUUCCUUCGGCUGCUGGCGGCAUCAAUAACCAAUGGAAUACGCCAGCUCCGAACAAACUUCCUGGAACUUGGGAUGACUCUCCAUCAUCGAUAAACACUCGUCCAACGCUCGAUGAUGGCUCCAGUGCAUUAUGGAAUCAAGGUCCAUUGUCACGUCAAAAUUCCAACGUAGCCAGCUGGAAGGAUAUGUCCGAUAGUGUCGUGCGCAAUCCAAUUCCGCGCGCUCCGCUUGGUGGUGCAGCUAAUCUGCCGCUGGGUCCAGUAACUCGUGGUGUCCGAUUAGGCGGUAUGAAUCCAGGAAUGAAACCAGACACCAGCAUGUGGGGUCAAAAUCAAGGUCUACCUUUGAAUAGCUCAUGGGAUGAGUGCAAUUCCAGCGGUUGGGAAGAUAAAGGACUAGGAAAUAAUGGCCCUUGGAAUGACUUUGGACAAAACGCUUUGUGGAACAAGAACAAACAGGGCGGAUGGCCAGAUCCAAGCGAUAUGAUCACAGGUGGUGCCGCUGGCUCUGGUUCCGAUUGGACAAUGAACAAGCCACCGAGCAAGAUGAGCCCGGCGGAGUUCAUUCGUAGCAGCAAGCAGUAUCGAAUGCUCUGUGAAAAUGGUUUUAAGAAAGAUGAUGUCGAAUUUGCAUUGCGUUCUACAAAUAUGAAUUUUGAUGAGUCAUUGGAUAUCUUGCAACGACACAGUGCUUUAGGAGGGUUAGGAGACUGGAGGCGUCCAGAGGAUCAUCCAGGAAGCGCUUUUGAAGCUCCAUAUUCUAAUAGAUUUCCGGCAGGUCCUGGAGCUGGUAUGCCGUUCUCACAGAAUCAAAAUUUACUAAAUAAUAUUCCUGGUGUGGGCGGAACAAACCCAAAUCUAGCGGCGCUGAAUAAUUUGAAGUAUCUUUCGCAAGGCCCAUCAGUGCCUCAUUCUUCAUUCUCGCAAGGGCCAAAUCCGAUGGCCGCAGCAGGAGCGGGUACGGGUAAUCCGCAAAAUUCACAAGCACAACCGUCUACUCAACAACUUAGAAUGCUCGUCCAGCAGAUCCAGAUGGCUGUUCAAACUGGUUUUCUCAACCAUCAGAUAUUGAAUCAACCUUUGGCUCCGCAAACUUUACUCUUACUGAACCAGUUGCUCAAUCAUAUUAGGCAAAUGCAACACAUUCAGAGUAACCUCGCUAGAAGUGGAGGAGCAACAGGAGUCAGCACUGUGCAGCUUACCAUGCAAAUAAACAAACAUAAAGUGCAGAUCUCCCAACUCCAGCAGCAAAUAGCAGCACAGCAAGCAAUUUAUGUCAAGCAACAGCAGCAACAGCAACAACAUCAACCUGGUGGUUCACAUCAACCACCCGGAACGCCAGGAGCGUUAACUCCUGGUCCCGGCGCAGCAGAUUUCCUGCGACAACAGGAACUAGUAUCGCUGCAAAAUAACUUCACCGACAUGGCACUGGGCAAAGAUCCAGGUGCCUCCACCGGUAACUUUCCGUCAAACGUUGCAACAUCCGCUGCUGUAAACAACAAUGCACCAGCAAACUCCGGAAUAGUUGCUGGCAACGCAGGUGUUACUAGUCAACAAUCUCGUCUGAACCAGUGGAAACUGCCAACGCUCGAUAAGGACGGUCGUGGUGCUGGUGGCACAGAUGAUCUCACCGAUUUCUCUCGCGCACCGGGUACGACUGCCAAAUCAACACUGUCGACUACGAGUCCUAACAUUGGCUCUCUAGGGCUGCAGGACGGAACCUGGUCAUCAGGGCGUUCUAAUUUGGUCGAUGGUUGGCCUGAUCAAUCCUCCGGUGUGGGUGAAUCUGAUAACAAAGACUGGGCUCCGGCGCAGGAUAAUUCUGCAUUCUCGGAUUUAGUACCAGAGUUCGAACCUGGCAAACCAUGGAAGGGCGCACAGAUGAAGAUAGACGAAGACCCCAGUAUUACACCGGGUAGUGUUGCACGCAGUCCCCUUUCAAUUGCUACUGCCAAGGAUGCGGAUUUGUUUGGUACUGGAAGCAAGGCAUCACCUACCGACCCGAUGAGUUUGGCACCAUCCACAUGGAGCUUCAAUCCGACUCAUCCGACAGCGGGGGGAGCAGGUAAGUUAGUGGCGGGUGCUGGAAAAAAUGCUUGGCCAGACAGUAUUUCAUCCACCGCAACAAGUACCAGCUCGGAUCUCUGGGGAACUCCCAUGGGGAAACCAACACGAGGGCCUCCCCCUGGAUUGGGUGCUAGCAAGAACUCAGUCGCUGCUGCCAAUGGCUGGACCGGCGGUGGCGGAGGACAACGUUCUGGCUCGAUGAAUAACUGGCCCAGCGGGAACGGCUGGGGUUCUUCGUGGCUUUUGCUAAAAAAUCUUACUCCACAGAUUGAUGGAGCCACCUUGCGAACGCUGUGCAUGCAGCAUGGACCAUUGCAAAGCCUGCAAUUGUAUCUGAACCACGGCUUGGCGCUGUGUAAAUACUCUACUCGCGAGGAAGCCAACAAAGCUCAACAGACGCUGAACAACUGUCCGCUGGGCAACAGCACUAUCGGAGCUGAGUGUCCUAGUGACACAGAGGUACAGACGUAUUUGCAACAACUGGGCGCUCCGACGGGCAAUGUUGCCAUCGGUGGUGGCGUCAACAGCAGCGGAAGCAUUGUUCCACCGAGCAGCAGUGGAAGUGUCACCAGUGUAGCUCAAUCUUGGCGCCAAGCUCCAAGAAGUGCUGGCGCAGAUGCUUGGGGCUCUGGUUGGCCACCUUCCAGCGCCGGCAGUGGCAGCAGCAGUUUGUGGGCUCCGCUUGAAGGAGCCACCGAGCGUGGUACUCCUUCCAAUUUGAACUCUUUUUUGCCAGAAAGCUUACUCGGUACCGAACUAAACUAGAGUAGCUAACCGCAUAGAAUGGUCUCGAGCACUAAUAAGGCGAUGAAAGUUUAUAAUGACUUACUUAUUCUCUUUUUCUACAAGGUUGUGUUUUUACGUAUAUUUUUAAAAGAAUACUAUUUAUUGUUUUUUCUUCUCUUGAAAUAAAAUACACAAGAAAUGUUGUCAAAAACGUUGAUCGAUUUCGUUUUUAUUGGUUGAACGUGUUCGAAAAAAACGAAAGAGAUGCAUGAAGCGGUCGUUUUCCAUGUUUUCAAAAGUGUACUGUUAUAGGUAGUUGAUUACCGAGUUGCGCGAGCUGUAGAAAAAAAACCCUAUAAGCGCAUUUUGUCAGUUGAGUUAUGAACUGUGGCGCGCAUGAUCUUUUAUAGAUAACGAAAGUUUUAACCUUCUUAGAGAGCAAACAGUGAAAAGCAGCAUACAAUUUGAGAUGAAUUAAUAAAGUAAUGAUAACAUGAGACAUAAACCUAGUAUUAAAGGAUUUAAUAGCUGUCUAAGUCAGUUUUUUUAGAUUAUAAGAUAAGAAUAGUAGUGAGUAACAGCAGAGUUAUAGAAAUUUGAGGUAUAUAAGAAAAUUUGAACUAUAUUUAUUAAUUUUAAUAUACAUCAAGGCAAGCAAGAACAUUAAAUUUACUGUAUAUGAGAAAUAUACAUGAAUGUUAUAACUGAA